AUGUUUCCAAAGUAUACUUUCCGCCCUUUCACAACUGAAGAGAAGGAAGAAAUCAAGACCAGAAAGCGCCAAAAAGAAAGCAGAAAACCUUCGAUUUCGAAAGCGAUUUUUAAAAUGCCAUUUUACGUGGUCGAAAACGGGCGAGGUUUCAAAUUUGGCGACGGCUUGAUUGUCAAAAACUCCAAAAAAGAAGAAUCAAAAGAGGAGGAACUUCUUGAGCCUGAAGAUGAAAUGUCGGGUUUGCUAGACGCAAAAGAGCAGGCGAAAAAGAAGAAUGAGACGUCUGAAGAAGGGUCAGGAUCGGAUUCGGAAGAAGAAUCGGAAGAAGAAGGCGAUCUAGAGGAUGUAGAAAUCGACGAAAUCGGAUCAGAACUGGACAAGGGCCUUGAUCGCCUCGACUGCGCAGUGGAAGACGAAAUGAAAGAUAACAGCCAGCAGGUGAUUUAUCUGACGGACAUCAGUCACUCGGCAUCGAUCGCUGGCGAAUUUACCGAUCAGGACUCGUACAUGCUCGACGAGUUUCCUGAUCAAAAUGGCGAUCAGACGUCUUACCUGCUUGUUUAA